AUGCUCAAGAAAGACUGGCUUUACGGUGCCGCUGUCUCGCCGGAUACGGAACUUUCACCGCAGCAAACCAUCCCUCAUCAAUCAAAUGCGUCUUCAUCGGAGCUUUCGAAUCAUCGGUUAGAGAUCCAGGACUCUCAUUGGGAGAAUAUUCAAGCAGCAAUCGAUCAAUUGCAAAAGUUGGAGGCGACCUUAGACGGUGCCGAUCCCCAAGAGCUGUUGCGCUUGAAGAAGAACCUGACCGCGAGUGACACCAUGCCCUUCCGGCUGUUAGAUCGGGACGGAAACAAAUUGUCGGGCAGCGUAGUUCGGAAGACCUUUGGUUUACACACGUCCCCAUCUAGCGAGGAUGACCUGCAGCGCAAGCAAGGAGAGCAACGCCGGCAAGAAAACCAGCAGCUAGAAACCCCAUUAAAGCGGAAAUCAACAGACGAGCCACAGCAGCAGAACAGACAGAAGCGGUCAAAGACCACACCCGUGGAGUCUUCAGAAAGUAGCCUCGAAUGUCACCGAUGUGGCCUCGGAUUUUCCUCACUGGCUCUUCUGACGGAUCAUCUACGAAGCUGCCGAGCCAAGUGUGAGCGAUGCAAUAUUCUUGGCAUCGCCUGCAUCGAAUUGGCAAACCAUCAAGGGGCAAUUCGGAAAUGCACCCAAUGUAAAGAGGCAAACCCCGAUUGCAGUGGUCCCAUAACGCCUGUUGACGAGCAGAAGGAUACUCCGCAGUUCAGUGUUCUCUGCCCCCGAUACGGAAGUGAAGUACAUCGAAAAUAUAUUUGUGGUCAUUCAAGGGAAUGCCCAGGAAAAUGCAAAAGUUGCGUGGGGCAAGGUAUUCCUUUGCCUUGGAUACAGGGGUUGUCUGCGUGGAUUGCAGGGCUGCGAAAGUGA